CCGCACUGUACCGGCAGUGGCCGACACUUAUAUGUUCUGUGACCGACACAACACUUAUAUCACUUUUUGCAUGAUUGGAAAGGUCUCUCGAAGUCCGUUUACCGUUAGGGGCCGUCUAUAAGUUCGGACGUGUUCGCCCGUCAAUGAUAUUUUUUUAACCGUCGAUUGUGCAUCACAAUCGGCCGCCGGAACGACUAUCGUCGUUCUGGGCUGAGCCUUGAAUUCACCUCGAGCGCUACCACAUUGAGACUUUGUAUUUCACAUUUGAGUUUUUGCAUCCCACAUAUAAGACGAGAUUUCACAUUAAAUUCUGAUUCCACUUUUAUCUUUGUGUAAUGGUCAAAUCGUCCCUGCGAAUCAAGACAGGGGACGGGUACCAGUAAAAUUGAACUUGAACACUUGUUGGAAAGGUCAAAUAAUAGGUUGCAUUCGCAAAGCGCGCUUUAUCAUAAAUACCAAUGAAUACGUUACACGUAUAAUAAAGAUAUACUAUCUACUGACACUGCUGAUGAUAUAUAAUACUCCUCGAACGCAGCCGAUUUGAGUGCGAGGGGAGAAGAGACGAGAGAUACAGCGAGCUAAUUGACAAAAAGAGAAAUUUUCUCGGUAGUUGCGUUGGUAUAAGCAUCUACAGGAGAUAUAACAAUGGUUAAAAAGUAUUUUAUAGGACCAUUGAUUCAUACAAAUGAUAGGGGAAAUUUGAUUAUUGAAAAGCAUACUGCUGUAGUUGUUGAGGAUGGCAAGAUUAUUAGCAUGUUGAAUCUUGAGGAGAACCCACCAUUGACUCACCAGACAGUACAUCAUGCCAUCAAAGGCGAUUCGAUAGACGAAGUUAAUAUUUUAUCACAUGGACAAUUUAUGAUACCUGGAUUUAUUGAUGGCCACACCCAUGCAGUUCAAUUUCCGAAUCUUGGACUGGGGUACAAUAAAUGUCUCUUAGAUUGGCUAGAAACUUAUACCUUUCCAUUGGAGAAAGAAUAUACUGAUAUGAAAUUCGCAGACAGAGUGUUCGAUGCUGUUGUGAAACGGACUAUCAGUAUGGGUACAACAACGGCAUGUUACUUUGCAUCUUUAUAUACUGAUGCGACUGUACUCCUCGUAGACAAAAUUGGCAAACUGGGUCAACGAGCUUUUGUUGGAAAAGUAAAUAUGAAUGUUCCGCGUGACGAUGGAUAUUACGAAAGCACCGAGAAGUCAAUUAAGGAUACUACAGCUUUGAUAAAUCACGUUUAUCACAGUUGGAAUCCACUUAUAAUGCCAAUCAUCACGCCAAGAUUUGCGUUGAGUUGCGAUAUGGAACUAAUGCAAGAAUUGGCCAAGAUCGCAAAAUCGAAAGGCUUACAUAUACAGAGUCAUAUCUCUGAAAAUAAAGCUGAAGUAGCAUCAGUGGAACAAGCGUUUCCAAAUCAACUUUCGUAUACAGAUGUCUAUGAUGCUGCUGGUCUUCUUACUGGGAAGACAAUAUUAGCGCACGGAAUCCACCUCACAGACAGCGAACUUGCCAUUCUCGAAGCACGAGAAACAUCUAUAAUUCACUGUCCUUCUUCGAAUUUAUACCUGAAAAGUGGUCUUUGCGAUGUGCAAAGGCUAAAAGCUAACCGUAUCAAAGUCGGACUUGGAACAGAUGUUUCAGGUGGAAGCAGUUACAGUAUGUUAGAUGAGAUAAGAUCGGCUUUAAAAGUAUCAAAUUGUCUAGCUUUGACGAAAGAGAAUUAUGAACCACUUAGUUACAAAGAUGUCUUUCAUAUGGCAACAUUGGGAGGUGCUAAAGCACUCUCAAUUGAGAAUAAAGUCGGUAAUUUUGUGCCGGGUAAAGCUUUUGAUGCUCUCAUUAUUGAUGUGAACGCGAAAGGCAGCUUGUUAGAUAAUUUCAGAGAAUACACGCUCAAGGAGAACUUUCAGAGAUUUUUAUACUCUGGUGAUGAACGUAAUAUAGUAGCAGUAUAUGUAAAUGGUAGGAAACUUAAAUAAGAACUUUUACCAUUUCUUAUUUUGUUUUACUAUAUUCUUAUUUUUAUAAUGCUUUAAUACAAGCUGUUAAAUAAAAGCAUUUGUGCAUUUUUUUAUUUUCUUACAUAAGUAUACAUUACUUAAACAUAGUCACUAUUUUGUAUAACAAAUUUGUAAGAAAAAUUAAAUAUAAAGCGGCAGAUGCAAUAGAUGAUGCGUAAAAAUAAAGACUAUUAAUUAUUUGAAUUGAAA